AUGUCUUUUUUCGAAAAAUACAGCGAUACAGUGCAACGCAACAAUAGUUUUGUGUGUGUGGGACUCGAUCCCGAUCCGGCAAAGCUGCCCGAACAUCUCAAAGGGAAAUCCGAUCCCACGCUCGCUUUUCUCAGGGAAAUUAUAGAUGCUACACGGGAUAUCGCCUGCGCCUAUAAACCCAAUUUUGCAUUUUUUGGCGCGCAGGGCAUAGCGGGUUGGGAGGCCUUGCAAGGCGCAAUCCAGGCCAUUCCCAACGGCAUGCCAAUUAUACUCGAUUUCAAAGCUGGCGACAUUGGCAACACAGCAGAACAAUAUGCAUACAUGGCAUAUUGCCAACUCGGCGUUGAUGCAGUGACCGUCAAUCCCCUGAUGGGAACAGAUGCUAUUGGCCCUUUUUUCGCCUAUCAAAACGGCUGUGCCUUCCUCUUGUGCCUCACAUCUAACCCCGGAUCGGCUGACAUAUUGCGCCUUAAUACAGACCAGGGCGUGUUGUAUGAGGUGCUCGCGCACAAAGCCGUGGAAUGGUCACAAACAGGACCCUGUGGUCUCGUUGUGGGCGCGACACAUCCCAACGACUUAAAAACCAUUCGCGCGAUUGCCACCGACCUUCCCAUUCUUCUGCCCGGCGUGGGGGUGCAAGGCGGUCAGACCAAUGCAAUUGUUCAGAAUGGCCUCAAUAAAAAAGGCAGCGGUAUUCUCAUCAAUUCAUCGCGUAGCAUUCUCUACGCUUCCAGUGGUACCGACUUUGCAGAGGCCGCUCGGCAAUCUGCGGAAGAUCUGCGUCAGGUGCUUAAUAGCGCGAGGGGUGGUAAAAGGUAA